AUGAGUCGCGAAGUUAUUGUAUGCGAUAACGGCACCGGGUUUGUCAAAUGUGGUUAUGCAGGCACCAAUUUUCCAGAAGCCAUCUUUCCGGCUGUUGUUGGUCGUCCUAUUCUUCGAGCUGAAGAGAAGAUUGGCGAUAUUACUCUCAAGGAUGUCAUGGUUGGCGACGAAGCAUCCGCUGUUCGCCAGAUGCUGCAAAUGUCAUAUCCUAUGGAAAACGGUAUUGUGCGCAAUUGGGAAGACAUGUACCAUUUAUGGGAUUACACUUUCAAAGAGAAACUCAAGAUCACCGACUAUGCUCAGCACAAGAUCCUACUAACUGAGCCCGCCAUGAAUCCAAAACGUAACCGAGAAAAAAUGGUCGAGGUCAUGUUUGAAAAAUAUGGGUUUGGUGGUGCCUAUAUUGCUAUUCAGGCUGUCCUCACGCUUUAUGCUCAAGGUCUUCAAACGGGCGUGGUGGUCGACUCUGGAGAUGGUGUCACUCAUAUUGUGCCAGUCUACGAGGGAUUCGCACUUCCGCAUCUUGUUCGUCGUCUUGAUGUUGCUGGUCGUGACAUCACUCGCUAUCUCAUUAGCUUGCUGCUGUUACGCGGCUACGCUUUCAAUAGAACUGCAGAUUUUGAGACUGUUCGUCAACUAAAGGAGAAACUUUGUUACGUUGGCUACGAUCUUCAAUUGGAACACAAGCUCGCAACAGAAACCACAGUGCUUGUUGAGCAGUAUACGCUUCCAGAUGGGCGUGUCAUCAAGGUUGGAUCAGAGCGGUUUGAAGCGCCAGAGGCAUUGUUCCAACCUCAUUUAGUGGAUGUCGAGAGUCCUGGUGUUGCUGAGCUUCUUUUCAAUACUAUUCAAGCUGGUGAAAUUGAUAUUCGAAGUGAGCUAUAUAAACACAUUGUUCUAUCUGGUGGUACCUCAAUGUAUCCAGGACUUCCCAGUCGUCUUGAAAAGGAAGUCAAGCAGCUCUACCUUGAACGGGUUCUCAAGUCGGAUGUGUCGAGACUAAGCAAAUUCAAAAUUCGUGUUGAAGAUCCUCCUCGUCGAAAGCAUAUGGUGUUUCUCGGUGGUGCCGUUUUGGGAGAUAUUAUGAAGGAUCGUCCUAAUUUCUGGAUCUCAAAGCAGGAAUGGGAAGAGCAGGGUGUACGCUCUCUUGAUCGUCUUGGUCCUCGUGGGGUUUAAAUAGUCUUGAUUGUGUUGAAAAAGUCGUAGAAUAGUAUUCUCAAUAUCUUCCACUCAAGCCUAGUUGUGUUACCCAAAAAAGGUCAAGAACCAUACUCACAUACUCAGUUGUGGUACCCCACUUUUUACAAACAAUAGUACACAUUUUCUGGUUUCUUUUGCAUUGUUUAAUACCAUUUGCUAUUUUGUUUCGGGGGAGUGGGUUAAUACAACGUUGGUUUUAUACUAGAAAGUUUUUUGGCUGGCGAUACCACACUAUACGGUGCAUUCCAUUGUGCGAAACUAGAGUGUAAAUGUGCUGCUUGUCCAUGAAAUCCUGGCUGUAUUUAUGAUUGGAUUACCCACAGCAAAAUAGUUUUCUCCACCAUGAUUUUGGGCGUGCCUGCACGAGAUCCUAUUUUAAAAUAUAAAGUGACAUGCUACAGUC